AUGGCUGACUCGACAGAGACGGCCAACGGGGAUCAAACCUACAUCUUGUUCCUCCUCACGAGCCUCUACUCCCUCAUCUUCGUCACAGGACUCAUCGGCAAUGUCAGCACCUGUAUCGUCAUCGCCAAGAACAGGCACAUGCACACAGCCACCAACUACUACCUGUUUUCUCUAGCUGUAUCGGAUCUUCUGUUGCUAGUAUGGGGAUUGCCACAGGACGUCUACCUUCUAUGGGCGAAGUGA